ACAUCAUGUUGUCUUUUUGGGAACACACUAUGUUUUCAUCGUUGUCAAACUUCAAGGUGUCAUCCUUUCAUCAACCUCCAUUUUUUACUAAUCCUUUUAUUAAGCUAUUUCCUAGUGAUUUUGAUGCAGGUACAUUUGAUGAGCUCUACAAUGCCUCACCACAUGCUCCAUCUAGUUCUAUAGAAGAUGAUUUGCCUGUUGGUAAUGCAUUAGAUAAUUCUGACCCAUCUUCUACUUCCUCUUUUGUAUCACCUAUUGGCAUUGCAUCUGAGCUUGUUGCCCCAUCCUCGAGUCAUCCUACUCAGAUCAAAACAAGAUCUGAUGGUUCUGUAGAGAGCUAUAAGACCUGCUUGGUUACCAAGGGUUUUACACAAGAGUAUGGAAUAGACUAUGAGGAAACAUUUGCUCCAGUUGCUCGUCUCACAUCUGUGUGCAUUUUGCUUGCUAUCGCUGCUAUACAGAGAUGGAAAUUGUUUCCGAUGGAUGUGAAAAAUGCUUUUCUUAAUGGUGACCUCGAAGAAGAAGUUUAUAUGAAACCACCUCCUGGGCUCACCCAUUCUCCAAACAAGGUAUGCCGAUUGCGACGUGCAUUAUAUGGGUUGAAGCAAUCCCCCCAAGCCUAUCACCUCUCAAAUGAUGGCUACCUGCUUUCUCAAGUAAAGUAUGCCUCCGAUCUUGUUUCUAAAGCUAAACUCAGUGAUGGUAAGAGUGUUUCUACACGUCUUGAACCUAAUGUCAAGCUUACGCCUAUGGAUGGCUCUCCACUUUCUGAUCCUACUUGUUAUCGGCAAUUGUUUAUGGCUGCUCCUCGCUCCACUCAUUAUGUAGCGGUACUUCGCAUUAUUCGCUAUGUUAAGGGAACAUUAUUUCAUGGACUCCAUUUUUCUACCAACUCUUCUCCUGUGCUUCGCGCUUACUCUGAUGUUGAUUGGACUGGUGAUCUUUUUGAUCGUCGAUCUACCACUGGCUACUGUCUUUUCCUUGGUAAUUCUCUUAUCUCUUGGCGGAGUAAGAAACAAACUAUUCCAUCUCGCUCUAGUAUUGAAGCUAAGUAUAGAGCUCUUGGUGAUACCACAUCAGAACUUCUUUCAUUAUGAUGGCUUCUUGAAGAUAUGGGCAUUCCUCAGCCUUCUUCUACUAAUUUAUAUUGUGAUAAUCAAGGUACUCUGUAGAU